AUGAUGUCGUUGGAACCAGUUAUCGCCCCAGUUCUCACACCAGUCACCGGUGAAGCAUCACAACAAGGUGGCUCGACGAUAACCACCGCUCCAACAAAUGAAAUAUGGAGGCCGACUGCUGAAUGGCCAAUUUCCUCCGCCGCCGUAAUGAUACAAAGUACCUCCAUGCAAACACCACAGCUGACGGUGAUCUCAAUCAGUACAACACCACCAACAGUGACAACGUCAGUGGCAUACCAGUCUUCUCAUAAACACCACCGUUAUACAAAAUGGUGGGAGAACAACUGA